UGUGUUACGUGAAUAUGGUGGGAACAAUUAUGUUUUUGCCUCCUCAGAUUGUCAUAAGAAUUUUUCUAAUCUCUUUGGUAGCUGUGAGAGGGGAGGCUGUGCUGAACCCAGAUGGCAGUAUUACCUUGCCGACUGAAAAUAUCACCGUAUCUGAACACCAAAGUGACUUGAUCUUGACAGCUAACAUCACCCUCCCAAAUGAUACCGUAUCGGUCGGAAAUGUCCUGGUCUUCGUCUACACAGAAGAUGAUAUUGGCGGUCGCCUCCUUUCUCACCCUGUGAAUACUUCUAGCACCACUCGAGCCUCACCAGAAGCGCAGAUGGUGCGCGAAUUCAAGUUAGAGACGGCCAAUGUUACUCUGACCUCUCAACUUACCAAAACCUCUACCACAAAUCGGUUUAAAGUUCGAGCAAUGUUUAAAAUUGCUCUGUCUUCUUCGACGCUUUACCGGCAGUCAUUUAUGAUAAGAAAGAUCCUUUUUGUUUUCACUUCUUACGGCCAAGAUGAUCGUCGGAAUGAAAAGCAGUAUUUGAUUUUUUACUCAAAAUCAGUUAUUGUGCCUUCCCCACUAGUAUUAAGUAAUGUGUCAUCGGUUGCUCACAGUACUGUUAUGAAACCAAUCUCAGAGACAACACUGUUAGUGAGGCCUACAUCUCCAAGUGUUGACAUUAACAUUCUGUUGGGUAGCUUAACCACCUCAGUAAUUCCAUCCCCAGUACACUCUACAGUAGCUCUUUCCUCUUCAGUUGUUCGAGAGACUGAUAAGCCACCAGUUACAGGUAUGGUAAAAUUAUCUAAAGUGGAUUUAAUUUGCAUUACAACUUCUACCCAGUAAGAGAGAUUAUAUAGUCAUUAAAUGCAUUCCAGGUUUUCAUUCAGGUUUAUGACACUAACUUAGACAGAAGGGUCAUGAAAAUUGUUGAUUGGGAAAGUAUCAACCCAAGAAUUUUGAAUAAUGACAAACAAGAAACAUGUGGUAGGCAGGGUGGCUUAUCAGUGGUUCAGUAUGAUGAACUCUGGAUUGAGAGGUCUGAGUUUGAGGUCCAAUUGGUCAUUGUGUUGUUUUCUUGGGCAAUUUGCUCAAGAAGACUACACACUUUACUCUCAUAGUAUCUAACGUCUCCAUCCAAGAGU